UUUUGUGUGAUUUUGUAGUGCUUGCUUGCAUAUCAUUCUCCAUUUGAAAAGGGUUUUUCGAUUUUAUUUAGACGCUACGUUUCUGCGACAUGCCUAAUAUGGUAUUCAAAGUAACAUACUAUUUAUUCAAGUAAAAAGUACAACCGUAGAUCAUACGGGAGCUGUAUUAAUUGCUUGCGCGGGAAAUGUGGACUCAUAUCUGGAACAGUGCUUUGGAUUAUUCAAUAUAAACUCGUGUUUGUAAUAAAUCUAGAACAAUGAUUGCACAAAGAUUAAGGGAGGGAAGAAGAAGUAAAGCUCUCAAGUUGGCAAAAUUAUAUAAAGAAGGAAAAUGCAGGGAAUGCUCUGUGGUGGUCACGCGAAUGGAUUUUGCUAAAAUUCUUGGAAAACAUACAAAAGUUAAAAUACAGUAUGAAAGUUCAACGCCUAAAACACAGAAAACGACACGACCUGCUACGCCUAAAUCUAACGGGAGGCUAAAAAACAAUGAAAAUGGUAUGAUACAGGGAUUAAGAAGUAGAAGCAAUGUUACUCCAUCAAAACCGAUACAGCGGCCAAGAAUACUUAAAAGUAAAGAAGCUAGUUCACCAAAGCAACAGAAAAACAAUAUAUUAAAGGAAAAUAAUGUGUUAAAAAAGACAACUACAAGUACAGAUAAAAAAAUUGAAAGUAAGUCUUUAAACAAUAAAAAGUAUGGUAUCAUUUUCAGUCAUCCAAAAAACAAUAGUAGAAAUGAAUAUAAAAGUAAAUCUUCUCUCAAAGACCUUUUACCCAAGGUCAAUACCAGUCUCUUACCAUCUUCGGAAUGGUGCAUAGAUUACUAUCCAAAACUCCAAGAGACUAAAGAUAGUAAAGUGUAUGAUAGGAUAGCUGCUGAGUUAGAAGAUUUGAUGAACAGUGAAAAGCCUCAGGUACAAAACCAAGAUAAAGUUGUUUCCUCUGAUGAUAGCAAAGUAGAUGAAUUCCCGUCGAUUAUGGAUAUUUUGAAUGAUAACACAACUGUAUCUACUACUGAGCAAAAAGACCAAAGUUCAAUAGACUUUAAAGGAAGCUUAUAUCCAUCAACAACACUAGAUGUAGAAGCAAUGCUGCUAGGUAAACCUGAAGAUCCUGUAAAAGUUACACCCAUGGAUAUUGAUACAUCUGUGAUUGAUAAAAACCUGCCUGAAAACAGCUCCUUUGACGAUAACCCCGGCAGCCCCUCAAUAUUAAAUGAUACAAGUACUGAAGAAAAAUUACUAUUAUCCAAAGACAGUAAUGAAAAAUCUACAAAAAAUUUGGCUAAUAUUGACUCACAAAAUAAGCCACCGGCUGAUAGCGAUUCCAUAAACAACAAAAACAAAUCCAUAUUGAACUCACAAGAUGCUGUAGUAAAGAGCAGUUUCAAUUUGCCUACAUCUAAGUUAGAUAGCAUUUUAUACUUGACUUUCAAAAAGAUUGUUGACGGUAAAUGCUUGAAAUCAGUGAAAUGUCCCAAAAAUUUGAAAUUUAAUAUAGAACUUGAUCAAAAAUCAGUGGAGUUAAUUGGUGCUCCUAAAUUUAUAUCUACCAUAGAUGAUUUACAGGUACUUUUACAGAUUGUGAACGAGAGUGACCCAACAAGCUCAUAUAUCCAAUGCUUAUAAAGCUGGUGAUUGGAAUAUCCUACAUGAAAAACGUUGACAUUGUAGUGAAAUGAUUUUGUAUAAUUGUUGUACAAUUAAUCAUUUAUUAAUUGCAAGUAAUAUAGUACUUUAUUAUUUAAAUUAAACAUCAGUGUUGGAAUAAUAAGUAGGUAUAUUUUACAUAUUAUAAAUUAUAGUAGAGACAUAUUGAUAUGCUAUCACAACAUAUGCACCAUAGUAAUUUAGGAUAUUUUAUUUCCUAUUUAGUUUUAAAAAAGUAUAAAUUGAAUGUUUGAAUCUGUAACUUUUCAUGUUUAUGUACAUUUGACAUUUUGAAUACAGUGUUGCCACUUGCUAGAACUAUUUUUUUCUUUUGAAGGUGUCACUGUGAUUGAUGCAUUUUUUGGAAAAGUGCCUAAUUUUUUUUACGAAAAUUCAGCACUAGGGCUAGGUGGAAGGAAUAAACUUGUAAAUGAUAGAGCAACAAUUUUAUGAAAGAGACUUAUAAAAAAUUAAUAAUGAUAUGCAUAAGGUAAACAUUUUGUUCUCAAUAUAGUGGGGAAUUUGAGCUCAGCUUGUAAAAAUAUUUAAUAUUUCUAGAUAAAUAAAUCUAAGAAAUGA